AUGCCGUCAAUGCACGAUCGUAUCCGCGAGGAUAUUCUUAAUAAGGAGCGCGCUCUAUGGACAGCCCUUACAUCUGCCGACCCUGCGCCCGCCGUGCAAAAACUUUGCAAUGAUGAAGCGAACUUGCUCUUCCCCCAGAUGGAGGUCUUAACUAUGGAAGACCCUGCGCAGUUGAAGCGAGCCUUGAAGCCGCCAUUCCACCGAUUCGAUGCAUAUGAAUUCGACGAUGUUCGAACAAUCGUUAUUGAUCUCAUGGCUGGAUCUGUGACAUAUAAGGUCCGGGCCGUUCGCGGCAAAAAUGAGUACCGCGCAACGGGAUGUACCACCUGGAGCCAGGCCUCGGACGGCGAGUGGCGGGUCGUUUGCCAUCAGGAGACAGUGUUGUGA